AGCCGUCAGCACAAAUAAAAACUGGUCGUCAGCCAGGACUCUGCAGGCUUCAAGCUUCAGAUUUUUGCAACGCCCCUCUAGAGGAAAGCGAAUGGACGGGUUUUAAACCGAUAACACGAGUGGACCUUUUUCCCAGUGUGUGUGUUUUUUAACGGGAAAAGUGAAACUAGAUCUGCUUGGACUGGAUGCCAGCUGAAAUCAGCAGAGAAAGAGCGCGAUAUUAACUUUAUCAAAUAAACAACCUAAUCUGAGAAGAGCCGGAUAAGAUGGCGUCGGUCAACGAUACCCGUCAUCAGACGCAGGUGCAGAAAGACGUUGCCGAUCAGAAUUUCGACUACAUGUUCAAGCUGCUCAUCAUUGGCAACAGCAGUGUAGGAAAAACAAGUUUUCUGUUCCGUUACGCUGAUGAUUCGUUCACCUCUGCGUUCGUUAGCACAGUCGGCAUCGACUUUAAAGUCAAAACUGUUUACCGCAACGAGAAACGAGUCAAACUUCAGAUAUGGGACACAGCGGGACAGGAGAGAUACCGAACCAUAACAACAGCUUACUACAGAGGGGCCAUGGGAUUUCUGCUCAUGUAUGACAUCACUAACCAAGAUUCCUUUUACGCCGUGCAGGACUGGGCGACUCAGAUUAAAACAUACUCAUGGGACAAUGCUCAAGUGAUUCUGGUGGGGAAUAAAUGUGAUCUGGAGGACGACAGACUGGUGGCCAGAGAAGACGGACAGAGGCUGGCCAAUGAGCUAGGUUUUCAGUUUUUUGAGGCAAGUGCAAAGGACAACAUUAACGUCAAGCAGGUGUUUGAGCGUCUGGUCGACAUCAUCUGCGAUAAAAUGAACGAGAGCUUGGACACAGACCCAAGCAUCUUAACCAAUCAAAAAGGGCCCAGUCUUCAAGACACGCCUCCUGAUGGACAGAGCGGUGGCUGCGGAUGUUAAUGAUCCUCUCUCUCCACAAACACUCAUACUUGAAGGCAAACAUUCACACACUCCCUCUUUUUUCUCUAACACACUCACACACACACACGUACUCCGGAAGUGAGACUUUUUCACAAGACUACAGCCAAUAUAGUAGAAAUGCCAAUCUAACAUUUAUGAAUCUGGUAUACACCCCUUAAUAAAACACUCUGCUUUUUGUAAAUAAGCUAAUUUUAUAGCAUUCCUAGAAUUAAACAUUUGAGUUUUACCAUUUUUUUUAAUCCAUUCAGAUGAUGUCUGGGUCUGAAAGGAGCACUUUUAGCUUAGCUUAGCAUAAAUCAUUAAAUCGAAUUAGACCAUUAGCAUCUUGCUCAAAAAUGACCAAAGAGUUUUGAUAAUAGUCCAGUUUAAAGCUUGACUCUUUUGUAGUUACAUUGUGUACUUUAAGACUGAUGGAAAAUAAUAAGUUGCUAAUGAGAAAGAUGCUAAUGGUCUAAUCUGAUUCAAUGAUUUAUGCUAAGCUAAGCUAUAAGUGCUCCUGCCAGACCCGGAGAUCAGCUGAAUAGACUAAAAAAUGGUAAAACUGAACUCUAUUGAAUCCAUACCGCUGAUCUCUGACAGGAGCACUUUUAGCUUAGUUUAGCAUAGAUCAUUGAAUGCUAUAAGACCAUUAGCAUCUCACUCUAAAAUGACCAGAGUUUCGCUAGUUUUCCCAUUUAAAGCUUGAAUUUUCUGUAAUUACAUUCUGUGGUAUAAGACUAUUUAUUGUACUAAUGAGCAAGAUGCUAAUGGUCUAAUCCAAUUCAAUGAUUUAUGCUAAGCUAAGCUAAAAGUGUCCCCGCAAGACCUGAAGAUUGGCUAAAUGGACUCAGAAAUCGUUAGCAUAAAUCACUGAAUCAGAUUAGACCAUUAGCAUCUCAUCUCUUCUGUAGUUACACAAUGUGUUAUUAGACUAAUUAAUGCAGUAAUGAGUGAGAUACUAAUGGUCUAAUCUGUUUAUCUAAUCAGACCCAGAGAUCAGCUAAAUGGACUCAAAAAUUGUUAGCAUAAAUCAUUGAAUUGUGUUUGACCAUUAGCACCUUGCUUAAAAACUGACCAAAGAGUUUCGUUGGUGUUACAAUUUAAAGCUUGACUCUUCUGUAUUUAAAUCAUGUGCUACAAGACUAAAUAUUUCACUACUGAGCAAGAUGCUAAUGGUCCAAUCAGUUUCGUUGAUUUAUGCUAAGCUAAACUAAAAGUGCUCCCACGAGACCCAGAGAAUGGUUGAAUGGACUCAAAAAUGUUAAAACUCAACUGUAUUUAAUCCAUUCAGUUGAUCUUUAGGUCUGACAGGAGCACUUUUAGCUUAGCAUAAAUCAUUGAGUCGGAUUAGACCAUUAGCAUCUCACUUAAAAAAUGACCAAAAUGUUUUGAUAGUUUAAACCUUGACUCUUCUGUAAUUACAUUGUGUGCUAUAAGACUAAUUAUUGUAGUAAUGAGUGAGAUGCUAAUGGUCUUAUCCGAUUCAGUGAUUUAUGCUAAGCUAAGCUAAAAGUGCUCCUGUAAGACUCGGAGAAUGGCUGAAUGGACUUAAAAUGUUAAAACUCAACUGUAUAUCUCUGGUAAAAUUAGCAUAUUUUCGCUAAAAGAGGAGUGUUCAUUAAAAUGAGUAAUUGCAGUAAGAUAAAACAGGCCCUUUUGGGGACUGAACGAACAGGACUGGUUUCCCUCAGCAUGACGUUUGGCUGCUAAUCCACUGAACUGUGAUAUCUUGAUGGGGAAGAAAUUAGUGCAUGAAACAGGAAUCAGAAACUCAACAUUUCAGGAGUGUUACUCCAGUGACUGUUUACAAAGUGCUCACAUUAAGCGCAUUUGGUCGUCAGCGUGAAGUAGCUUUAAAAAAAUGCAUAAUGUUUCUGUUAAUGGAUGCAAGGUCAUGCUUUACUUUAAUGUAGACGGUGAAAUAUUUUUAAAAAUAUCCAGGUUUUGUUAUUUGUUUCAAAGUAUGUCCUCUAGUUUAUAUUUGUAUUUGCCAUUUGCUUUGAAUGCAAUAAAUUUGCUUCCCGUGAACACUAAA